CCGUGAUGUCAUAAGUUGCCAUUUUGUUGACAAGCAGAAGUAACAGGCCAUUAUGAUGUCGGAGUCUUCAGAUGAGCAGCCUGAAAUUGUCACACUAGAGGAAGCUCAGCUGGCUGAGAAGGAAGCAUCCGAGUUAUCAGGUUCAUUAGCAGCUAUCUCCACCCCAGUAGCUUCUCCAGCAGUUGGUAGUGUGCCAGCUCCGUCACCUCUUCCAACCUUCAUGACGAAAACACCAGAAACAGCAACUGCCGCCCAGAUGGCAGUCACUCAGCAGCAAACACCUAUUACAAGUCCAACAGUUGCACAAAUGUCUUCUAGAACUCCUGUAUCAUCCAGUGUAACCCCAAGUAGAGGUUCAGGGGGAGUUGUCUCCCUUGAACAAAUCACUACCAGUGCUCCAGGUCCUAUACAAACUCCAUAUGAAGCAAGUUCGUCCAUACCAAUCACCCAGGAGCAGAUAACUCCUCCACCAGAGUCACCGGCUGCAAAAUCCGGACUUUUUAGCUGGAUCUCUGGAAACAGUUUUAUGAAUAAAGUUGUGGAAAAAACAAAGAGUUCUGUAGAGUCUGUUAUUACCACAUUAGACCCUGGGAUGAAGGAAAUUAUUCGCUCUGGCGGAGAUAUUGAAAUCGUUGUCACCUCCACCAAGGAGUCGAAGCUGGGUGCUGUCCGAGAGGCCUUCCAGCAGGUGUUCGGUCGAGCCACGGUCUCGGGCAAAGAAAGUCAGGCAACGACAGCUGCGCAGCCAGUGGGUUUUACAGCCGGAUUAAAGGGUGCCGAGGAGAGAAUCCAGAACUUGCGACAGUCAGGACAGGUAGAAGCCGACACGCCAGUGGUGUCCAUAGAGGGAUUCAUUGUCGAGAUGCUGACAGACAGGUGGUAUGAAAUGAGCUGUAUAGUCCUACAGGAUCCUGGCCACAGGAUAGAACUGCAGACCUUCUCCCAGCCGACACCCAUACCGACAGAAUACAUUCUCAUGGCACAAGACAAGACUCCCUCCACCUAUCCUCUCAGAUGGUCUGGUCUGGCUGCGACCAUAGGGCAGGUGAUAGAGGAGGCCCAGCCACACAUCGGCCACACGGACUGGCAUAGCGUUAUGGUUGGGGUGAAUCGACGUGAGUCCCUCAUGCUGGCUGCCCGCGUCCUCGCCUACAUGUACCAACAGAGACUACCCACGUCAUUCAUCUCCUGAUGUCUGCCUGCCAGUGUAGCCCGGUUCAUCAGAGUGACUGUGUAUUAACCUCGACGUGUGUCGUCGAUCUUUGCCCAUCUAAUAGUGCUGGCGAAACAUCUCACGUCUGGUUUCUGCUUAUUACUGGCUGGCUGAAAAAACCCCACAUCUGUUUUUGUUUACCAGCUGGAUAAACAUCUGUUGUUUGUCCUUGCCAGUUGGGUAAACAUUUUGUUUAACCUUACUGUCUAUGUAAACAUCUCCAUCUUGUUUCUCCUUACUGGCUAGUUGAAAAACAUCCAUCUGGUUUUGUUUUACCAGCUGGGUAAACAUCUCAGUUGUUUGACCUUGCCAAUUGGGUAAACAUUCUGUUUAACCUUACUGUCUAUGUAAACAUCUCCAUCUUGUUUCUCCUUACUGGCUAGUUGAAAAACAUCCAUCUGGUUUUGUUUUACCAGCUGGGUAAACAUCUCAGUUGUUUGACCUUGCCAGUUUGGUAAAUGUUUUGUUUGAGUAAACAUUCUGUUUAUCCUUACCAUCUAGGUAAACAUCUAUGUCUUGUUUCGCCAUACUGGUUGGCUGAUAAAAACAUCUGUCUUGUUUUACCAGCUGGGUAAACAUCUUGGUUGUUUGACCUUGCCAGUUCAGUAAAUGUUUUGUUUGAGUAAACAUUCUGUUUAUCCUUACCAUCUAGGUAAACAUCUACAUCUUUGUUUCUCCUUACUGGCUGGCUGAUAAAAACAUCUGUCUUGUUUUACCAGCUGGGUAAACAUCUCAGUUGUUUGACCUUGCUAAUUCGGUAAAUAUUCUGUUUGAGUAAACAUUUUGUUUAUCCUUACCAUCUAGAUAAACAUCUUAGUUCGUUUUUCUAUUCUGGUUGGGUAAACACUGUAUUUCCUUAUUGGCUUGGUAAACAUUAUGUUUAGACUUUCUAAUUGGGUAAAAUUAUCUGUUUCACCUUACCAGCUGCAUAAACAUUCUGUUUAACCUUACAGUUAUACUGAUUAGGUAAACAUUCUGUUUAACCUUACAGUUAUACUGAUUAGGUAAACAUUCUGUUUCACCUUACCAGCUGCAUAAACAUUCUGUUUAAUCUUACAGUUAUACUGAUUAGGUAAACAUUCUGUUUAACCUUACUGCCUGGAUAAACAUUCUGUUUUUCCUUACUGGUUGGGUAAACAUGCUGUUUAAGCUUACUGGUUGGGUAAACAUUUUGUGUUAUUUUAUAAGCUGAUUAGACAUCUCAUUUGUUUCACUUUGCCAGUUUGGUAAAAAUUAUGUUUAUUCUUUCCAUCUGGGUAAAUAUCUAAGUUAGUUUUCCUUACUAGCUGGGUAAACUUCUCACUUUAUUUCUCCUCACUGGCCGAGUAAACAUUCUGUUUCUCCUCAUUGGCUGAGUAAACAUUGUUCUCUUUACUGGCUGAGUAAAUGUUGUUUCUCCUCACUGGCUGAGUAAACUUAGUUUUUCCGCAUUGGCUGAGUAAACAUUGUUUCUCUUUACUGGCUGAGUAAACAUUCUGUUUCUUCUUACUGGCUGAGUAAACAUUGUUUCUCUUUACUGGCUGAGUAAACAUUGUUUCUCUUUACUCGCUGAGUAAACAUUCUGUUUCUUCUUACUGGCUGAGUAAACAUUGUUUCUCUUUACUGGCUGAGUAAACAUUGUGUCUCUUUACUGGCUGAGUAAACAUUCUGUUUCUUCUUACUGGCUGAGUAAACAUUCUGUUUCUUCUUACUGGCUGAGUACACAUUGUUUCUCUUUACUCACUGAGUAAACAUUCUGUUUCUUCUUACUGGCUGAGUAAACAUUGUUUCUCUUUACUGGCUAAGUAAACAUUGUGUCUCUUUACUGGCUGAGUAAACAUUGUGUCUCUUUACUGGCUGAGUAAACAUUCUGUUUCUUCUUACUGGCUGAGUAAACAUUGUUUCUCUUUACUGGCUGAGUAAACAUUGUGUCUCUUUACUGGCUGAGUAAACAUUCUGUUUCUUCUUACUGUAUGGAUAAACAUUCUAUUUCACCUUAUUGGCUGGGUAAACAUUCUACUUUGCCUUAUUGGCUUGGUAAACAUUCUGUUUCUUCUUACUGUAUGGAUAAACAUUCUAUUUCACCUUAUUGGCUUGGUAAACAUUCUAUUUCACCUUAUUGGCUGGGUAAUCAUUCUACUUCACCUUAUUGGCUUGGUAAACAUUCUAUUUCGCCUUAUUGGCUUGGUAAACAUUCUAUUUCACCUUAUUGGCUGGGUAAACAUUCUGUUUUGCCACACUAGCUAGACAAAUGCUUGAAUUGUUUUGCCUUGUCAGCUUAGUCAACAUCUCAGUAUUUGGUUGGGUAAACAUUCUGCUUCAAAUUACCAGCUAGGUAAACAUGUUUCACCUCACCUGGGUAAACCUGCAUUUCUUCUUACCAGCUGAGUAAACAUCUGGGUUCUAUUUCUCGUUACAGUUGGGUAAACAUCAUCGGUUGAUUAUACAUGUAGAUCCUUCCUGUCUGGGUGAACAUGUGAAUUACAUUUUUAUUUACUAGCUGGAUAAAUAUCUCGGUUCUAUUUGUUUUUUGACUGACUGGGUUAACCUUCUCUCUUUUUUCUCUGCUUAUUUUGUGGAUAAACAUCUGGGGUUUUCUUUACUGUCUGGCUUCUGAGAUUCAGUGGGUUUUGGAAGCAUUGUAAUUGCCUUCAUUUGUGGUUUAAAAAAAACACCUCGAGUUUUAAAAAUGGAAUUGUGUUAAGAUUGCAAGUAUUGAAGCUGAAGUUCAAUUUUCAUAACAUUUUAUGUGUAUAUAACAUACCUGUACUUUGUCCAAGUUCUCAUAAAAUGUCCCCACUAAUAACUACAGAUUAAAAUGUGUUUGUUUUAAACAAGUCAUUUUAUUCCUGUUUGUUACAAUGAACAUUAAAGGGACAGACCCCUAGUUUUGAAAGGGACAGACCCCUAGUUUUUAAAGGGACAGACCCUAGUUUCAACCUGUGAAAAUUAACACUAAGUUCAGUUAAUGGCGAAAUACCGUCUAAAAAUAGACUAAAACUCAACUCCAUAACUGUUACUUCUCAGAUGCAUGUGCAUUUUUAAAAAUUGAUAAUCAAAACCAUAAAAUCUUAAGUAAAGUAUGAUUUCAGUUAUCAAAAAUGGCUAUAAUAGUAAAAAAUAUGCCUUAGUGUUUAAAAACUAGGGUAUAUCCCUUUAAGAACAUAACCAGCAGAUAGUGCAUUUCUGUGAAAUUUGGUACAGAUUUUGAUCUGUGCAAAUGUGGACAAUGAUUUCCUUACAUAUGCUCACAAAUAGAUGAGUCAUUUGAUUAAAUUGAUUAUUAAUGCAUGUUAUUAUUAACCAGGGUUUUGAGAUGCAUGUGGAACAUAUGUAUUUUCAAAUUUUACAUAAAUUGUGGUUGCCUCCAGUCUUUGCAAAGGGUUGAAAUAAGAAUAAUUUGCACGACCUUUUUCCCACCCAAUUAUUAUUUUGGUGUUGUUAACAAUGAUCAUGCUAAUAUAGUUUCAAAAAAUAAUUUAAAGUCAUUUUAUAUAAUUGUUCUCGACCAAAAAAGCCCCAAAACAAUUAUCCUCUUUACUAAUUACAUAAAAACUAGCAGGAAAGGUGGUUAUUAAUAUUAAUGAUACUGACCUACUUAGCAUUUUAUAAACUAAAAAACCCACCUACACAUGUGAAUUUUAUUUUUGAAGUUGUCAUAUAUUUAUUGAGAAUUCUAUUAAUGUUUAAUUGUACACUUAACAAUAUCCGUGUUUGUAAUAGAUUUCCGUCUUGGGAUUAACCACUGAAAAAGGAAUUGAGCUUUUAUUCACUAUAAAACAUUGACAACAUGACAACUUGCUGAAUAUGAACAUGCAAAAUACCAAGUGCACCAAAUCACAGGAUGUGCCAUUAAAUACAUCAGAUACAACUGUAUACAUAAUACAUAUUCUUGAACCUUUAUUGCAGUAUUCGGGCGAGACAUACAAAUGUAGCCCAGUGGUAAAUUGCUCACCUGAUGCGCGGUCAGUUUAGGAUCAAUCCCUGUCAGUGAACCCAUUGGGCUAUUUCUCAUUCCAACCAGUGCACCACGACUGGUAUAUCAAAGGCCAUGGUAUGUGCUAUCCUGUCUUUGGGAAGGCACAGGAGUUAUUGGUUUAUUAUUAAUGUGAGAGAAGUCAGUGUAUUGACAUUUAUCUCCCCAUUGAGCUGUUUUAAACUCAUUGUAGGUGGGAGCUGGUACUAAGAUUUGAGCCCAGUACCUAUCAGCCUUAAGACCAAUGGCUCAAUGACUACACCACCUUGGCCAAUUUUUUAUUUAUUUAUUUUAUUAUUAUUAUUAUUUUCCUUUUCUUUUCUUUUUUUGACUGGCAUGAAGGUUAGUUCUUAGAUUAUUGCAUAAUAGUGCUGUGAUUAAUGUAUCUAUGUACAUUAUGUAAAUAGGACUUGUUGGUAUUCCUGUAAUAUAUUAUUUAGUUCUUGGCUUUAAAAUCAGCGCUUGUACAGAAGUACCAACUACAUGUAUUAACAUAAUGAUUAAUUUGCACAUUGUAUUCAGUAUGACAGUCAGUAUUAAAGAGACUUUAAAAAAGAAGUAAACUCCAAUAUUAGUUAUAUUUCAUUUCAUUUCAACUUAUUUCCGUGCUUAUAUCCAACUAAGGUUCAAGCACGCUGUCCUGGGCACACACCUCAGCUAUCUGGGCU